UGGGGAUGGGGGUCCCCGGCACAACACCACCCCCCCCAGCGACGGCGACCGCCUCUUUGCCCAAAAAUGCCGGGAGCUGCGGGGUUUCAUCCGCCCUCUGACGGAGCUGCUCAAUGGGCUGCGCAUGGGGAGAUACGACAAAGGGCUCAGCAGCUUCCAGCAGAGCGUGGCCAUGGACAGAAUCCAGCGGAUUAUCGGCGUCCUGCAAAAACCCGAAAUGGGCGCACGCUACCUGGGGACCCUGCUGCAGGUGGAGGUGAUGCUCAAAGUCUGGUUCCCCCACGUCGCCCCUAAAGCCGGCCCUGAACCCGACCCCGUCGGGGUCCUCCUGCUGCUCCGAGACCGCCGCAGCGCACACGGGGACGGCGCCACGUCGGGGACAUCGGGGGGGACAUCGGGGACAGCAUCGGGGGUGACAUCAGAAACGACACCAACAGGGACAACACACCCCAAGUGCCCCCUCCCCACCCGGACUGGGGCCCCCACGCCCCCCGCAGCACCUGAUGUGUGACCGUCCCCAGCACAGGAUUUUCUUCUUCUUCAUUUUGGUUUUUGGGUUUA